AUGUCACAGCUGAAACUUAGUAAGGGUAGUGGUGAUACUCAAAUGGUAUCACCUUCACCUUCACCACUGUCUCGCUCUGCUAACAUCGAUAAACCAGCUGGUUCGACCGAUUCCAAUGUUGCACUAUUUGACGUCGGUUGGGAAGUCGCCAAGAAGCACCAGUAA